UGGCUGUACUGUUGACCAUUGGUCAUUUUUAUUUGUCUCUUUGACAAGUGAUGGUUGGGACCUAUGGUCUUUUGACGUUUGAAUCUUUUAAUAGAUUUAUUAUAAAUAGUAUCAAGUCAGGAAAUGUGCUCACAAGUAACAGUAUUUUUGGAGCGGGAAGAAAUAUUUGUUCCUCUUGCGCUUCAUCAAUAUUUAGGAGAUGUGAAUCAAGAAAACAAUGAUGAACAGAAAGGAGACAAACAGAUUGAACUUUUAACUGUGCCCAGUGGCAUUAGCUGCCAAUCUGCUAUGGAUGUUGUCAAGACACCACUUAAUACAAUUGCCUGUGAAAAUGCUUCAGAUCACAGCAAAUUUAAGGAUAUGAAAACCUUAUCAUUAAAUGACUUGCCUAAAACUUACCAGAAUGAUGACAUCCUAGCUCUCAUUAAGUCAGUAGCAGAACUAGCUGUAGUGGUUCACGUACCGGUGUCAAAGCAAGCUGGACUUUACUGGCAGGGAACAGGGAAAGUUGAAGAAGUGUUCAUAUUCAAGGAAAACACCCAAUGUCGUUGCAUGAAAUGCAAAGCUUCUGGAAAUCCAAGCAAGGAAUGGGGCAAAGUUAUGAUAGCAACUUCUACAAAACUUCUCACUGCUCGCAAAUAUGUUACAGAAAUUAAAUGCACUUUAUUUCAUGACAGUGAAGAGGGAGAAGCUACACUAGCUUAUCUUAAUGGAGACGCUUACACUAGUAAUGAAUGGGGUGUUUGCAAGUUUUUCUGUUAUACUUGCGACAUGGAUUUGUUGAACAAAUUGGAUGCUUACCUAGAUGUCUUUGAGGACAAAUGGAUUAUUGCAUUCGCUAAAUACUAUAAGACCAUCAAGAGUGCAGAAGAGAAGUUCCUAGUUAUGAUUUGCCAUCCACAUGCUUGCAAAAAGCAUGUUUCUAUUGGAACAUGGUCAAAACUUAGGCCUUUUGUCACAUUUGAUGCAGCAACAUGCCCAGGCUGUGAAGGAUCUUUUUUGGUAAUUCCCUGCUUUGAUGUGGAUGAAGAUGACUUUUCUUGAAGGAAUAAUGCUGUUUCAUGGAUCAACUCUGAUUUAUAAGUCUUGAAGAUUUAUUUAUAAAACUUUAUUUAAAACUAAAUGUCAUUAACCUUAUUAUUGUCAGUCUUUUUUUUUACUUGUAGCAUUUUUUUUUUAUUUAAGAGAGCUACUUCUAUGGUUAAUUUAAAUACUUGUUACUUAAGAAUCAUUGUGCUUGCAGUUAUGCAGCAUUCAUUAUUAAUUUUGA